AUGGUUUUGGAACAACAACAACAGCAAUCCUCAUCACUUCAACAUACACCGCCACCGCAACAAUUAUCACCAUCUAACACGGCCGUAGCCCUCAACAAUCACAAUAACAACAGCAAUCACAGCUCGAACGGUAUGCCAGCCAUGCCGUCGGAGGGUUUACAUCCUACCGCUGCCCUGCAACUAUAUGCCGCCGCCGCCCAAUUAGCACCCGGCGGUGUUCGAGUACCACCCUGGAGUCCGUUCCUACAGUUUGGUGUACCGGGUGUCUUUGGCGGCGCUCCCUUUUUGGGCCGUCCCCGCUUUGAAGGCAACACACCUCAAAAUGCCGCCGCUGCUGCCGCAUCUCAAAUGGCCGUUAAUGCCAGCAAUGCUUUUGCCAAUUUAACCGGUCUCAGUGUGGCCAUGCGUAAUGUUUCCGCCGCACAAACAACGGCCGCCGCCGCUGUGGCCACAGUGGCGAUACAACAUCGCCUUAUGAUUGGGAAUAGACAAAAUAUGCCUCCAACUGGUCCACCCAGUGAAGGAUCCAACGAUGAUGCGGGUUUUUCCGCUGAUGGUGAGGAUGAGAGCAGUGCUGCCAAACGUCGUAGAUCUCGUACAAAUUUCAAUUCUUGGCAGCUGGAAGAAUUGGAAAGAGCCUUUUCGGCCAGUCAUUAUCCCGACAUAUUUAUGCGUGAGGCCUUGGCCAUGCGUUUGGAUCUCAAGGAGAGUCGUGUUGCGGUAUGGUUCCAGAAUCGGCGUGCCAAAGUUAGAAAACGUGAGCAUACCAAGAAAGGACCUGGUAGACCUGCCCACAAUGCCCAGCCACAAACCUGUUCUGGUGAACCCAUCCCGCCCAAUGAAUUAAAAGCUAAAGAAAGAGCUCGCAGAAGAAAGAAAUUAGCCAAAGCCAUUGAUAGACAAGCUAGAAAGCUGCAGGCAAAAGGUAUAACCGUUGAUUUUGAAGCACUUAAGGCUGAAUACAUAUCACAACACAAAGCCAAUGGCACCUUUUCUGAUUCAGAUCUCGAAGAUGACAGCAUACAAAUCGAUGUGGUGGGUGGCACGGAGAGCGAUGACGAUGAUGACUUUGAUUUUCGAAGUCCUCGCGGCAGUGAUUUAGCCAACAACAGCUAUUCGCCCAGUGGCAGUCCCAAUGGUCUGGGCAGCCCCAUGUCCAACAGUGGCAUCGAUAAUCGAGACGAUGACAACAAUAGCAAUCAGCAUAAUCUACACGUGGCUGUAGAUGAGAAACCGUUUCUGUUUCCAGGUCGAGCAACGAAUUUUCAUUUGAAAUUACAAAAUACCACCUCAUCGUCAUCAUCCUCCUCCUCACCGAAUCAUCAACAAACCUCACCGAUUAGUAUACGACGUAGCAAUCCGUUUAGCAUAGAAUCUCUGCUCUUCAACAAUACAUGAGUCUUGUAGACGGACAUGCGAGCUGACAAAUGUUAUACCAAAAAGAAUAUCUACGAAAAAUAAAACUUAGUUACUAAAUUCACCUAAAA